AUGCCGAGCGCAGAGAUUGACUCAGGGCGUCUUUCGCCCUCCAAGGAGGCGCCAACUAUCGCGAGUGCUAACAUUGACCUCCGGGCAGAGCGUGCGUUGGUCUGGAAAUUCGAUCUUCGCCUACUCCCUGUCCUUGCAAUCAUGUACCUGUUCAACAGUUUGGACAAGUCCAAUCUAGGCAACGCAAAGACCGCUGGACUUGAAGACACACUCUCAUUGAAAGGGAACCAGUACAAUCUGAUUCUGAGCAUAUUCUUCGUACCAUAUGUAUUGACUGCUCCCUUUCUGGGUCUUCUUGGUAAAAAGUAUGGGCCUAACAUCGUGCUACCCUGCAUGAUGCUUGCCUUCGGCACCUUCACCAUUCUGGUAGUCGCGGUUUUCAACUUCAGUGGCCUUUUCGCCAUCCGAUGGUUCCUCGGAAUGGCAGAAAGUGCCUUCUUCCCAUUGGUGAUCUACUACCAAACAACCUUUUACCGCCGAGGCGAGCUAGCCCGCCGACUUGCUAUUUUCUACGCUGCUCAAACGAUUGCCUCGGCAUUCUCUGGCUUGCUAGCUUUCGGGGUGUUCCAAAUUGAAUCUGGUCCCUUGGCCCCUUGGCGAUAUUUGUUCCUGAUUGAAGGUGGAGGAACCAUUAUCUUUGGACUCUUUGCGUUAUGGUAUUUGCCUCGUUCAGCUUCGGAGGCUGCGUUCCUGACCCCAGAAGAGAAAGAACUAGCAUACCUUCGACUGCAGAUUGAUAGUUCUUCAGUGGUGAACGAAAAGCUGGACAUUCGUGACGCGUUCCGCGUCUUCAAACACGGAACUAGCUGGGCAAUCUUAGCCAUUCAAGUUUGCCUGGGUGUUCCACUGCAAUCAGUGCAGCUAUUCCUGCCAGUAAUCAUCAAGCGGCUUGGUUAUAGCACCGUGAAGACCAACUUGUUCACUGUAGCGCCCAACAUUUCCGGCGCUGCAGUAUUGCUUAUCUUGGCUUUUGGCAGUGACUGGACCCGAUGGAGGUUUCCAUUCAUUGCGCUGGGAUUUUUGUUUACGUUUGUUGGAUUCAUGAUCUACGCAACUAUCGACGUCCAGCAUGAUCUGAGCGUUGCAUAUUUCGCCUCCUUCUUGAUGACUUGGUUAGUCCUUAUACGCUUGACCGAGGAAGUCAGCUUACACUUUCCUAGGGGAACAUCUGCGCCUUCUGUGCUUCUUGAUACUUGGUACAAUAACAACAUCGCAAAUGAAGGGCGACGUGUCGUUUUGACAAGCAUCGCUGUUCCUGUGGCCAACUUGAUGGGAGUCGUCAGCUCCAACAUUUUCCGCAACCAAGAUGCACCAAAUUAUCUGCCCGCCUUGAUCACUACAGCAUCUUUUGGUGGUGCUGGCAUUGUUUUAACACUUUGCCUAGGUGGUUGGAUGAUAGCAGAUAACAAAAGGAGAGACCGAGCGCAGGGGGUUCAUCUGAAGGCGAAGAAUAUUCCAACCGAAUACCUUCAAGAUGGCCCAGCCUGUGAAACAUUCCGAUGGUUCUAUUAA